AUGACAUUCAAAUCCACUCUCCUCAUCUCCCUGACGGUCCUAUCCUCGAGCGCUCUCACCCUUCCCAACCCCGUCACCCCGCUUCAGCAGGCGCUGCUCGACCAGGACCCUCCUCCCUGUGGCGUAUCAUCCCCGGAGACGCAGAUGCAGCAGCAGGAUACCACCGCAGUUCACGACAGCCGCCUCGGAAUCCACUACGGCCAAUGCUACAACCUCAUCCACCCGGAUCUCGGGCCGGUCGUGGACAGCACGUGGGGCGCCUGGGCGCAGCCGUGGCAACUGCUGACCUUCAAGGAAGGCAGCAUGCAGCGGCGGUUCCAGGUGUGUCGCAACACGGACUGCGAGUCUGGCGGCCCCGUGGGGGAGGACGAGGGGUUCUAUCUACGGGAUCUGAGCGGCUCGCCGAAGUCGCAGCGCCAUCCCGCCUUCCUGGCCUUUUUGGAUCUCGGGGCGCAGAGCCAGCUCUGGCCCUACGCCAACGACAACCUGGGCCGGCUGGCGGUCUUCAAGGGCGCGCCCAUGGGGAACGCCGUCAGGCUCCGCCUGAAGGAGAGCGCCCACGGAUUCAACGGGCUGCAUGUCAACUCGAAUGGCUGGCCCGGGCAUAACUAUGUUUUCACCGAUCGGCAGCACAAUGGCCUGACCUUGGGGUUUAAACCUGCUUUCUGUUGA